UACCUAUGAACUUUACUGUAAAUUGGUCUGUUGCUCGGCUCAUAUCAGUGAUGACGUCAUGGUGAGUACGAAUUGAAUAACCUCUCAUUAGUGACACGAGCAGUUCGUAAGUAAAAUUGUCAUCACAGAACAUCCCCUCUUGGGGAUUUUUUGUGGUUGUCAUUUGUCACUUUUUAUUAACUCCCGCUGUCUGUUUCAUUCUGAGGCAAAAUUGGAGUGGUGUUUCUUGAUUUAAAAAUCUAUUUUUUUGUCGGAAACAGUGCUAUUUCUUAGUUAAGUCAAAUCAAUGCAUUGCUGUCAUUGUUAUCAUUCCUUAGACAAUUAAUACUAGGCUAAGGACUAGACUUAGUGAUUUCAAUUCCGGUUUUUCAACAUUGACUCGUCUGGGGCUGUUACCAAGCCAAAAAACUCUGAGAAGAUGGACAACCAGGUGGAGCCUGAGCUCGUUCGUGAGCAGAUGAAUGAUGAUGUAAAGUCGUCAACGGCAGCGGAGCCAAAUGGAGAUGAAGAUGUGCCUGAAGGCUUCUUCGACGACUUUCUCAAGGAAGACUUCAUGGCAGGGUUGGAUAUAAUUGACGAGGACAAUGACGAAUCAGACGCUUUGUUAGAAAGCCAAAAGCAGGAAACACUGCCGGUUGACAAUGCCAGAGGCAGCAGCAAGGGUAAGUUAGACAGUGUUGAAGUGGAGUCUCCAAAGGCAGUGGACCAAUCGAAGCAAGAAGCUGCAGUAUCAACGCUGAAGAAGUCAGGGAAUAAGCGAGGCGUAGAUGCAGAUUUUUUCGAUAUUAGGAGAGACCCGGAAAAGACUCGUCAGGCCAUUGCAAAGGAUAAAAUGAAAGGUGUUAAAGAUAAGGAGAAGCGGCUGAUAACGGACAUCGUGCAAACUGGGUUGGUGCCCCCCGGCAUGGAACUGGAAGUGGACAUUAACGAAGUAUGCCAGCUGGACAAGGGCGAAAACGCAGCCAUACAGGGCAAACCAAAGCCUGACAUUUCUAAAGAGAAAGACGAAGGACAUAGUAAGAAGCGCAAGCGAUCCUCUAAGGAGAGUGAUAAGCAAAAACGCGCCAAAUUGGACAAAAGCCGCGCGAGCAAUCGGAGCCCAGAAGCAAAGGGGCGAACAGUCAAUCGAGUUGAUCUUACUACGAACCACUACAAGAAUUCCAGUCCAUUACUUGAAGAAUGGGUGCGUAAACUCAGUCCGCUGAGACGCAAUUCAAGGCGAAGUUCCCACCACAGAAAGCGAUCUUCAAGCCCUCGCAGUCCAAUGCACCGAAGGAGGUCGAAAAGCAGAAGCUUAUCAGAUCGAAGGAGCUUCAGACGAUCCAGAAGCAGAGAUUGGUCGCCGAAGUACCGCAGACACCGCAGAGACAAAAGCUACAGUCCUGAGAGUAGUGCAAGUCGACCCAGGAGGUCUCGUCCUCGUAAAGAAGAAAAGAUGUCUUUUCUGGAGGAACUUGCGGCAAAACUGAACGAAAAACAUCCUCCAACUGGAUAUGCUCCUGUGCCGAAUUAUCAAGCGCACAACAUGGUUCCCCUGGUUCAGCCCUAUCCGCAGUUCUUCAAUCCCGCUGCUCCAAUGCCUGCAGUGAUCCAGCCCCCUCAGUACGAUGAAAGUUUUUUCAUUGGAAAUUCCCAUAUGCAGCCCGCAGUCGUCAACCAGUUUGAGGAGAAUUUCCCGCCUAAGCUGCCAGUUAGUGACAUCCAUGGACGCUCCUUCCACUCCAACCAGUUGACUACUCACAGUGAAGAUAAUUUGUUCUCCGCCAAAGACAUCCCCAAACUGUUUGCGGACAGGAGGAUUAAGCUAAGUGAUUUCUUGGCACUUACCGCCAAACCCUCAGUGAGUAAUACAACUGCCUCAAAGUUGCAGGAGAAAAUUAAAGUGAUCCAGCGCUGCCAGAAUGCAAUUAAAAUUCUCAACGAGCAAAAGUUCAGUGGACCUCUGGUGGUGUACAAGACUGCCUCCCAAGAGAAUCUGCAGGAAGUGACUGUGUCGCCCCUACUAAAGAAACCGGUCGGGCAGCUGCCCUUCACCACACCGGGCAUGGAAGUUUUCCCGAAGGACUUCAAGGAAUGCUGCGUUAUGCUGCUUACCAAGGUUGGAGUCACCAGUGGGCCUUCUGGCGGUGAGCAGGUGCCACUCAGAGAACCAUCUCGAACGCGUUCAAUGGCUUCUAAGCUGCCGCCUUCGUGGUUUUGCAAUCCGCCAUCCCCAGCGAUUAACUCGAUGAGCACGCAAACCGAUAGGGAGUUUUCUUCCUGUCGGGAAUGUCUUCGACGACGCUCCACCCCGUUGACCAAUAGUGCCGUGCAGACUGAAAAUCCAGUGCUAACAUUCUCAGUUAGCACGCAAGUGAGCGAGUCGGAUUUCUAUGCGAUGAUUCCCAAAACUCAAUCGCUCGCCUCACUCACCCCCGCUCAAUUACUCGGUAAGCAGUUGGUGGUGGAUCAGGCGCGAUCCAGCAGACUCAGUCGGUUACCUUCACCUCCGCCCGCUCCAUUUAUCCGCUCGCAAAACAACCCCUACGGGUCCUCUCUAUUUAAUCAAGCGAAACUUUCGCAAAUUACACAGUCAAAGUCUGCGAGCGAACAGAACUUGUUUAACGGCGAUCGCGGAAGAAGCAGGUUCCAUAAAAGGUUUUGAUUUGAGUGGUACCUGUUCAUAGCUCUUAAGUUGAUACCGCUAAACUGUACUUGCAAUAUGAAACAAUGUUCACUUGUAGCAUAUUAAAGACUAUGAUUUUC